CGCCAUUACCGCCGGAGUAGCUGAGAACAUUCGCGGACAGGCACUGGACACCUGACGGGCCGCACCAUGAGACUCCUCCCCCGCUUGCUUCUGCUUCUGCUGCUCGUGUUCCCCGCCACCGUGCUGCUGCGAGGCGGCCCGGGAGGCUCACUAGCAGAGGCUCAGGAUCUUACGGAGGAUGAAGAAACAGUGGAAGAUUCGGUAAUCGAAGAUGAAGAUGAUGAAGCUGAGGUAGAGGAAGAUGAACCCACGGAUUUGGCAGAAGAUAAGGAAGAAGAAGAUGUUUCUGGUGAACCAGAAGCUUCACCAAGUGCAGAUACAACUAUCUUGUUUGUAAAAGGAGAAGAUUUUCCAGCAAAUAACAUUGUGAAGUUCCUGGUAGGCUUUACAAACAAGGGUACAGAAGAUUUUAUCGUUGAAUCCCUGGAUGCCUCUUUUCGUUACCCUCAGGACUACCAGUUUUAUAUACAGAAUUUCACAGCUCUUCCUCUGAACACUAUAGUACCACCCCAGAGACAGGCAACUUUCGAGUACUCCUUCAUUCCCGCGGAGCCCAUGGGUGGGCGACCCUUUGGUCUGGUCAUCAAUCUGAACUACAAAGAUUUUAACGGUAAUGUAUUCCAAGAUGCUGUCUUCAAUCAAACAGUUACAGUUAUUGAAAGAGAGGAUGGGUUAGAUGGAGAAACAAUCUUCAUGUAUAUGUUCCUUGCUGGUCUUGGACUUCUGGUUGUUGUUGGACUUCAUCAGCUCCUAGAAUCUAGAAAGCGUAAGAGACCUAUACAGAAAGUAGAAAUGGGUACGUCAAGUCAGAAUGAUGUUGACAUGAGUUGGAUUCCUCAGGAAACUUUGAAUCAGAUCAAUAAAGCUUCUCCGAGACGGCUGCCCAGGAAGAGGGCGCAGAAGAGAUCGGUGGGAUCUGAUGAGUAAAUGUUCCCUUGUGCAGCAGUUGAGUCUGUGCUUACCUGCCCUAAUGUUUUUCGGCCUGAUGGGAAUUAGUGCAGAGAAGCCAUAUCACCAUAGAAGGCACCUCCUACUUAUGUGUGGACUGAGCGAGCAGAUCUGUGGCAAUGAUAUUGCUGAAAAUGCACUGCGUUCAUUUUUCUA